GGGCCGGGAGGCGGCUUGUUGUGAGCGGAGCGGGAUGGCCGCCAUCUUGUGCGGCGCCCGAGCUCGAGCCUGAACUCGAGCCUGAUCACUAGGUGUGGGGCCUCCUAGGGAGGAAGCGCGGGCCCAGGUCCCUGGAGGCGCGAGAGCCGGAGAAGCCCGUACCCACUCCCCCACACCGUACCCCACCCCCAGCCCGCGGCACAGCCCGUGCAGAGCGGAGCGCUCCGGGGUCCGGCGUGGGCCCGCGCCGCCCGCGGAGGAUGAACGGAGGAUAAAUGGUGCCCCAGGCGGACAGCGGCGCCUUCGUGCUCCUCUUCCUGCUGGUGCUCACCGGCACCGAGCCGCUGCGCCCAGGUCCACCACUAGCCCUGGCGAGACUUCUGUCAGAAUUGCGGUGUAAUCCGGGCCAGUUUACUUGUCGCAGUGGUGCCAUCCAGUGCAUCCCCCUCUCCUGGCAAUGUGACGGCAGGGGGACCUGCGAAGAUGGGAGUGACGAGGUUGGCUGUCCAGACGUGCCUGGGGACCAACGUUCUUAUCAUGGAAAGGAGGCCAUGGAUUCACGGCCCAGUCGUGGAAGAGGAGACAAAACCCGCUUCCACACGGUGAAUGUGGCCCAGCCCGUGCGCUUUAGCAGAAAGUGCCUGACGGGAUGGCAUCAUUACGAGGGCACGGCCAGCUGCUACAAGGUCUAUCUGAACGGGGAGAACUAUUGGGACGCCGUGCAGACCUGCCAGAGGGUAAAUGGUUCCUUAGUCGCCUUCACGACUGACGAGGAGCUCCGCUUCGUCCUGGCCCAGGAGUGGGAUCUGCAGGAGAGGACCUUUGGGUGGAAGGACCAGCGCAAGUUCUGGGUUGGCUAUCAGUACGUCAUCACUGGGCGAAACCGUUCUCUGGAAGGCCGCUGGGAGGUGGCUCACAAAGGGCCCUCCGAGGUCUUUUUGCCUCCGGACCCCAUUUUUGCCUCCGCCGUGCCCGAGAACGACAACGUGCUCUGCGCCCAGCUCCAGUGCUUCCACUUCCCCACCCUGCGGCACCACGACUUGCACAGCUGGUAUGCGGAGAACUGCUACGAAAAGUCUUCCUUCCUUUGCAAAAGAAGCCAAACAUGUGUGGACAUCAAGGACAACGUGGUGGGGGAAGGCUACCACUUCACGCCCAAGGGCAACGACCCCUGCCUGAGCUGCACCUGCCACAAUGGCGAGCCGGAGAUGUGCGUGGCCGCGCUGUGCGAGGGGCCCCAGGGCUGCCAGCAGUACGACAAGGACCCCAAGGAGUGCUGCAAGUUCAUGUGCUUGGAUCCAGAUGGCAACAGCUUGUUUGACUCCAUGGCCAGUGGGAUGCGCCUGAUCGUCAGCUGCAUCUCCUCCUUCCUCAUCCUCUCCCUGCUGCUCUUCAUGGUCCAUCGGCUGCGACAGAGGCGCCGAGAGCGCAUCGAGUCGUUGAUUGGUGCAAACUUGCAUCACUUUAACCUCGGGCGGAGGAUCCCGGGCUUCGACUACGGCCCCGACGGCUUCGGGACGGGCCUGACCCCGCUGCAUCUCUCCGACGAUGGGGAAGGGGGAGCCUUUCAUUUCCACGACCCUCCCCCACCGUACACGGCCUACAAGUACCCGGACAUCCAGCAUCCCGACGACCCGCCGCCCCCCUACGAGGCCUCCGUGGAUCCCGACAGCGCGCUCUGUGCCAGCCCAGAUGGCGUUUGCCCCCAGGUGGCCCAGAGCGACCCGCCCUCCCUAGGACACAGCGAGGCGUCUCCCCGACUCCCCGAGGGGCCUCCCCCGCCUUCGGUGGGGCCCUCCCCCGCGGAGCUGGACGACUCGGCCGACAGCAGCACCCUGCUGGUCCCUCCGGACACGCCCCUGAGCGAGAACGGGCCGGCAGAGACUGUGGGGGGCAGCCGCCCCAGCCUCUGCUCUCUCAACACCAUCGUCUAAGGGGGCGAGCCGAUAGCCUGCCGGUCAGAACCCGCCGGGGCGACCGCGUGCACACGACCGGACCUGGACUCCCAGCAGGGGGUGCCCGCCCUGCCCCCUCUCGCCCGCUGUGCCGGGCUGGCUCCGCCCCCACUGUGCAUUCACUCCCUGGUUUAUUGUGUAAAUAGGGACUGGGGGCUGUGAGAGGGGAAGGCCCCCGGGCCUCGGCGAGCGUGAGGAGGAAAGAAACUUGAGCAGCUCAGCUCGUUUUCGUCCGUGGUGGAGGAGGCUCGGGGCCGGGGCCGCGUGGAGCGGGGUCUCCCGGGAUCGUGCGCCCGCGUAGCGCUCGGCAGUGUUCGCGGGACGGCCAGAACUAGGGCCCUGCUGGUGGGAGCGCUGGUCCCGGCUCCGCAGAAGGUUGGGCUCAGUAGCCUUGGAGAUGGGCCCGGAGGCGCAGGGAGUGGGCUUGGAGCUCCGCGGGCUUCAGUGUCAGUCCGUGCCCCAUCGCUUAAAGGCCAAGGGGUGGGCAGCUUUGGCCUCCGGGCCGCAGCCCAGCAGGGCAGGGAUGCGAGCCGGGUGCAGAGUGGGGAGGGGGCUGAGCCCUGGGAGCUUCCUGCGGCCCCAGACCUGCUUGGGUUAGGGCAGGUGCGAAGAAAGGCAAUGGCCCAUCGGGAACCGACCUCGUGAUGGAAGGGCCUCUCCCCCGGGGUCUCACCCUGCAGCUGACCUACUGACUUUGACCUUGCUGUGGGGGAGGGGGGCAGAGGCCCAGCAAGGCUGGCCAGGCUCCACAGCCUGGAUCUAGGCUGCCUUUGUACUCUCGUUCUGCGCAGACCCUCCAUGGGGGACGCCGUGCCCUUGGGGGACCCCCCGGCCUCAGCCGCUUCCCGCACUCGUCCCUCUCUGCCGGACCCUGCUUGGGGACACUGCUGCCCGUUCUGAGGCCUCUGGAAGAAGUGGGCAGUGGGCGGGGAGAGGGCAGUGUCUUAGCAAAUGCUAGAGUUGCCCCUGAGGGGGCUUUUCAGGGCCUGGAGACCACCCAGGACACUGCGAGAUUUCUGCUUUGGAGGCUUCUGUCCCCUGGGUGAGGUUGGAGAGCGGGGAGGCCCUGGAGAUGGGCCCCCUUCAUGCUGCACUUAAAACAGCGCGCAGGGAGGAGCCCCACAUGGUAUUUCACUUGGACCCAGACCUCUCAGUAUUUUGUCAGGCUCCGGCCUGAGCGAUGUGACCCCGGCUGUCGUCCCCCCGCCCUCCCCACUCAGUUUGGUUCGUGGCGCCUCGUCGGGAGCUCUGGGGGAUGGUUUGUCCCGUCGGGUCAGGGCUCAGCGCAGGGGCCUGAACGCCUGUGGGCAGCAGCUCGGGGGGCUCCCAGUCCCACCCGCCCGAGGCCACAGCCGCUGUGCCGCGGCAGCCUCUCCCCGCUCAGGGCGCCCCCCACGAGCCUGCCCCUUCUCCCUCAGCCUCGCCUCGCACCCGCCGAAUGGGCGCGGGCUCUGCCUGUGCCCUUGGGCAGGGGCGCGGCCGGCCGGACCCAGAGGCGGCCUGUGGGCAGCGAGGGCUGCCCGAGGAGGAACACAAAGCGGGUCGUGCACUUUUGAGCACAUCUAUACGUUUUCUAUACAUUGUAUGUACUGACCGUAUUUCCUUUAGUUUUAUAUGGGUGGUCGGAUGUGUGUGUGCGGGGUCUGCGCGUGUGUGAGUGGGUGUGAGUGUGAGUGGGUGUGAGUGUGUGAGUGGGUGUGGGUGGCUGUGAUCGGUACGGUGGUCGCCCGCCUGAGAAAGAAGGGCCCGGGAACGGCCCAGGCUGGAGCUCCCCAGGAGGCCGCUGGGAGCGCUCGUCCAUUUCUGCCUCCGUUCAGCCCCCUUUCCUGGCCAGACCUGCCCGCCUCCAGGGGGCACCGUUCAGCCCCAGCUCAGUGAUUCAGGCGCCUCUCAGGGGAGGCUGGGAGGCCCCUCGGCCCUUCCUCUCUGGCUCCCCGGUCCCUGGUGGCCGCUUAUUCCUCCGGUCCGGGGCGGCCGGGGCUUCUUUCCUGCGGGUGUGGGCGACCAUGUUUUUAAUUCCUUUUCCUCUUUCUGGACAAGGAGGGCGGGGGCCCCGCGCCCCCCGGGGAGCUGAGCUGGGGAAGCUGAGGCAGCUCCUCGGAGCGGGCAGGGCUGCCCCACGUCAUCCCUCCUUCCUCUUGCCAAAUGGUCUCUGGGGGUGUUAGCUUUUUUUUAAAGAACGAUGCAUCGUCUGUUUGCACAUUGAACCCCUCAUUCUGGUUAUUAAUUAAAGGUGAAAAAAGCUCUCGCUUGGUUUUUCCAGAACAUUCUUUGGGGUCUGCCGAGGGAGAGGGGAAGCCCUCGGGACGAGCACGCGCCCGUGGUCCGCGCUCUCCCUUGGGCUUUCCCUGUGUGUCGCGGGCCCUCGAGCGGAUGGAUUCGGCGUAUUUUCAGACCAGGAAGAUGCUAAGAGUGCGCCGCCUCCCUGAUCUCCGCAGUCCCUUCCCAGGCCAGUUCUGGGAUCCGCAGCGACCAAAGGGGAAGGAAAGCCCCCGGUCAGCUUGUUGGCUCUCAGCGCCGGAGCACCGGGGAGCCCCGAGCAGGGAAGCUGAGGAGGCCCGUCUGAGGGGGCUGUGGCUGCGCUCCCCGGCUAGCUGCAGAGCCGCCGGGGACCCAGGGCCGUACCGGAGGGCUGUAGGUAGGGCGUCUCCCCCACGGCUUCCUCGUGGGUCACUUGUUCAGAGAGAGACUUCCACACCUCCAGAAGCACUCGGGCAUGGGGCCUCCUUUUCUGAUUGAUGGGAUGGCUUGUCCCUCAGCGGCCCAGCGCUUCAGCCCCAGGGCAGCCUCCGCACGUUAGCUCAGGGGGGACAGCCCUCGAGGACCUCCCCACCCCCACCCCCACUUUAGCCACAGCCAGAGCCCCGAGGCCUCCUGAGGCCGUGCAAAGAGUGCCUUUCAUUCCGGGCCGAGGCCUGAGCACGGGCGCCCAGCCUGGCCCUGCUCUGCCCCUUGCGGGUCCCAUCUGCUGCCCUGAGAGUGGGUGGGCGGGCGUAUCCCCGGGGGCUGCCUGUAGGUGUCUGCGGUGGGUGCGAGUCUUCUUACUGUGAACCUGCGACCCCCUCCCCGCCGAGAGCUGCCCCAGCCUCCUUGCCCCGAGAGAGCCAGGACCAGAAUCCGCUCAGUGACGUCCGUAGCGGGGCUUCUGCGCGGCUCAGGCCCGGGACUGUGCUCUGUGUCUGCUGAAAAAGGCGCUUGUGCAUCGGCGCUGGCUCAGAGUCUCUGGGGGGACCAAGAAGCGCGACUGAGUGCUGAGGUCUGCUCCCGGGGGCCUUCUCACCCCCUGUGGGUGCCCCUGUCUCCGAGGAUCUAGGCUCCAGACCUGGCGAGGACCUCACCGGGAGGGCAAGUUUAUGGGGUCAAAUAAGGGGAGGGUCUUUCCCUCCUCCCCAGGCGCCGCCUCCAGAGCUCCUGCGCAAGAUGGACUCGAUUGCUUGAAGUAGAACCAGCCCCCCACCCACCCUCACAUGCCAACAUGCCUCGCUCAUUCCAGGGCCAGACUGCCCGGGGGGAUCGGGGGGCCGUGCCGCCGUGGGCUCUGCCCCCCGUGGAGUUGGCAGUGCUCAACAGCCUGGAUGGGGCUCCUGGUCUUUCUGAAAGGCCCCUAGGCCGACAUCGUGGGCCGUGCCGUCCCUGGGCCGGCAUGGCGAGCUGUGGGCAUCCAGAAGACUUUCUUGCUUUCACGGAGCGGGUUUUAAUUGUUUGGAUUGUUUGUUUUUUGUUGUCCAGUUGGCACUAAUCUUUUUGUCCUCCUCAAGAUGCUGUGAGACUGUGUCAUCUAAAUGCCAAAUAAAUUUGUGUUCUGGCCACA